CCUACUGCAGACUCAGCAUUGUGUAAAUAUAACAAACACAACCCGGUCGGCCGCUGCCCAAUGAUCCCACCAUAGUGUAGCCAGUGUAGCCCCGACGUGUGUAGGAAAAAACCCACCUGUGACAAUGCCUGUGUAUGUCUUGCGCCACUUCAGAGCAGAGAUAAUCCGGCUCCUGUUCGUAGCAAAAGGACAGGAGUUCGAAGACAAAUUAUAUACAUUUGAAACAUGGCCAGCAGAGAAGCCAAAUACACCGUUCGGACAACUCCCAGUUCUGACAGUCGAUGGGAAGGAUUACACUGAAUACACGGCUAUCAACAGAUUCCUCGCCAGAGAAUUGGGCUUGAUGGGAUCAAACAGCCAGGAAGAGUAUGAGAUUGACCGAGUUAUAAGCCUUAGCAGUGGCGUGUCCGCAGAAGGAAGCAAGAUAUUUCAUGAGCAGGACAAAGACAAGAAGGCACAACUUAAAAAGAGUCUUAGAGAAAACGUGAUACCAAAAUUCAUGAGUAACCUUGAGCAGUUAGCGCCACCUGAAGGAACGGGCUUCUGCGUUGGGAAUAAGUUGAGUCUCGGGGACCUCAUCAUCUUUGAUACAAUCGACGGCAAGACGGACGAUGCCACCAUGAACAAGUUUCCCACUGUCAAAGCCAUCAUGGACAAAGUCAGGUCUAAUGAGAGAAUAAAGGCAUACCUGGCAUCAAGAGCUCCGACACCUUUCGAUUAAGAUAUAGAGAUCGUUAGCUCGUGUGUGCCUUCCAUUGCACAUUACCACAAGGCAGAGUGAAGAGACACCACUGAAGAUAUGCAGAGAUAUUUGAAUAUUGAUGGCAACAUCAGCGGCUAGUCAUAGACAUAUAACUUCUUGUGAUUGAAUAUCCAUGCAUGUUACUAAAGAUACCAAACUGCACGAAUGACAAAUAACGCGAUACAUUGUAUUCCACAAAUUGUGACUUAUCGUUUUGUACUUUGUAUUUUUUGUAAAUCGUUCAAUAAAUAUAUUCCAAACUAG